ACCAUCAGCUUGCAAUCCGGCCCAAGGAUCAACACAAAACCGCCUUUCAAACCAGGUACGGUCUGUACGAGUUUGUGGUGAUGCCUUUCGGCCUUUGCAAUGCUCCUGGCACCUUUCAACACGCUAUGAAUCGGAUAUUCCAUGACUACUUGGAUAAGUUUGUCAUCGUGUACCUCGAUGACAUACUUAUUUUUAGUAAGACUGUUGAGGAGCAUGUUGCACACUUGGAUAAAGUCCUUAGUCUCCUGCGACAACACAAGUUCAAGAUCAACGGUGAGAAGUGCGAGUUUGGCCGCACCCGUGUCUUGUACUUGGGUCAUGAGAUUUCCGCGGAAGGGUUGAAGCCCGAUGACGCGAAGGUGGCCAACAUUCGUGACUGGCCGCGUCCUAAGUCUGUGACUGAGAUGAGAUCAUUCUUAGGGAUGACCGGCUACUAUCGCAACUUCGUGGAGAACUAUAGCAUAGUUGCCGUUCCUUUGACUGAUCUGACCCGCCUUGACACACCAUGGGAGUGGACUGAAAGAUGCGAGGCUGCUUUCAGACAUAUGAAGCAUGCGUUGACGCAUUACGAAGUCUUGAAACUUCCUGAUCCUGAUAAGCCAUUUACAGUAACUACGGAUGCUAGCCAAUAUGACAUAGGCGCCAUACUUGCACAACAUGAGGGGAAAACGUUGAGGCCAGUAGAGUACAUGUCCAAAAAGAUGCCCUCUCAGAAGUUGGCUAAGUCCACCUAUGAGAAGGAACUCUAUGCGGCUUGCAAGGCUCUGACCCAUUGGAGGCUUUACCUCCUUGGGAGGUUCUUCAUCCUCAGGACUGAUCAUCAGACCCUGAGAUGGAUGAGAACUCAGUCGGUACUCUCUGACGCUCUCAAGCGUUGGAUCGAAGUCAUAGAGCAGUAUGACUUCGAGCCCCAGUACAUCAAGGGCGAGCAAGAGUGGGAUGCGGCAUAUCUUUGUCAACGUGGAUAGAUUUAGUAAGUAUGCUAGGUUAGUAGCAAUGCCGGAAACAUCAAGGACGGAGUAUGUGAUUAGAAUGUUUAAAGAGAACUGGGCCAGGGAUUUUGGCCUACCGAAAUCCAUUAUCAGUGACAGGGAUGUCCGAUUUACCAGCGAACUGUGGAAGGCCGCUGCUGCAGAGCAGGGAACCCAGUUGCAAAUGACUUCUGGGAAUCACCCAGAGGCUAACGGCCAAGCUGAGCAACUAAACCGC